AUGAACUCCGUCAUUGUCGCAGCGGCCGUGCUGCCCGUGCUGUACCUUGUCAAUUCUAUUUUCUGUCUGGUUCGAAACGUACGGGUUGCUAAGAAGCUUGGCAUCUCGGUGGUAUGCAGUCCCAUAAGCCCUUUCAACCCGGCCUGGAUUAUCUUCAACAAGCGAGUGGUGCCUUUUCUUCAGCGGCUUCCGUUUGGACUCGGUGACUGGACAAGGUGUAAUACGCUCGACUGGACAUGGAUUGACCGUGCCCACGGGGACCGUCAAAUUCACAAGCGACAUGGCGAUACCUUCGCAAAUGUUACGCCACGAGGCAUUGAAAUACACACACGCGAUCAAGCAGUAGUGAAUCAGGUUCUGCGAAAGUAUACCAACGAGUUCCCCAAGUUGGGCAGUUUUGCAAAGGUCAUGGACGUAAUAGGCACCAGCGUUGUUUCGUCAGACGGUGCUGAUUGGGCGCACCACCGCAAGGCCACCGUAGCGACGUUGAAUGACAGAAACAACGGGCUAGUCUGGGCGGAGACUAUCAGACAGACACGCCAGAUGGCCCGGUAUUACUCCAAGGUCAGUCAAGGCCGCAUUGUCGACGCAGUCGAGGAUAUACGUGAGCUUUACUUGCACGUCUUCACCUACGUCUGCUAUGGAGUCAAGUAUGAGUUCAAACAGCCAGCACACACGACCAUUCCGGCGGGACAUUCAAGGAGCUACAAAGAAUGCCUUCACAGUAGCAUCAAUGGGAUUCUAAUGCUCCGGUUGGUACCAUGGUGGAUGAUGGGGAUGCCAGGUAUGCCCAGUAGGAUUCGGAACUUUCGCCAGGCAAUUUUGGAGCUGCAGGAAUAUCUCGACGAAAUGAUCUCGUCGUGCCAGGAGAGAUUAGCGCAAGGACAGGUGGAAAAGGAGGGCGAAAACCUGUUGAGCUUCAUGGUCAGGAGGAGCAAGGAAUCCCAAGAUCAGCCGAAAACGAAGGCAGAUAACCACUUGUCCGAGUCAGAGAUCCGCGGCAAUCUCUUCACAUAUGCGCGCGGGGGACACGAAUCCUCAGCUCACACGCUGACUUUUAUGCUCUAUCUCUUGGCCGCCAUGCCGGAAGUGCAAGAAUGGCUGAUGCAAGAGAUCAAAGAGGUCCUCGUUGGCGACGACAUUUGGUGGCAAUCAGAGGAGGCAUUCCUGGGUGUGUUUGCGCGGUUGAAAAGGUGCCAGGCUGCAGUGAACGAGACGCUUCGACUAUACCCGUCAGUGAUAGUCAUCCCAAAGACCAAUCCGUUGCCGGCGACGCUUCGUGUUGGUCAUGGAGAGAUUCACGUCCCAUCUGGAACCAACCUGUACGUCAACAUGCCUGGCGUCCAGGUGCACGAGGGCACAUGGGGACCCAAUGCCAUGACGUGGGAUCCGCGUCGCUGGGUCGAUACACCAGUGGCUGCUGGUGAUAUUAGCGACAGUCUAGCCACGGAGCGGCUGCUGCCACCACCUGAUGGGGCAUUCGUCCCUUGGAGCGAGGGCAAGCGAGCGUGUCCCGGCAAACGCUUCUCACAGGUUGGCUUGGUUGCGGCGCUUGCUACAAUCCUAGCAUUUCACAAAGUCGAGGUCAUUCCCAACGACGGGGAGAGCGCCGAGGCGGCGAGAGGACGGACUCUGGCUGCUGUGAAUAACACGUACGCCGUCAUGUCCGUCCACAUGUACCAGCCUUACUCGGUUCGCGUUAAAAUGGUACAGAGAAAGUGUUAG